UGUAAACACGCACCGGGCAACCAACUCGAAACAUGCUGUCUCCGACUUGAUCAACUUUCAACUUCACAUGCUCUACCUAUCUAGCUUCCAGCGUUUGCAAUUCCAGCGCCCAUGUCUCACAGUUCGGUUGGUCUGCCGAAUGGCAAGAAUGGAAUCCAACGCCCAACCUCGGUUCUCAACAUAUUCUCCUCGGUUCCACAUUCUGACGGCGCCUCUUCGUCUUUCUUUGUUCGGUCGUGUCCCAUUGCAGCGUUGGUUCCUUUCAAAGCAGCUCCUUUUCUUUGACUCCGUCGCCCGUCAAGGAAGACGACACAGACGCAGACCGACAAAAGACAAAAAGAUGGACGCGUCCGUUAUCAUUACCAUGCUCUCACCAAGAAACCAGCAACAACCUCUUGGCCGAUCUGCACCAAACAUAUACUACUAACUGGACCUCGAACCACUACCCGUCAACCAGUUCAUCUGUCUCAUUGAGGUUGCCAGGACUCAAAACAGCAAAGCCAGCUAAUCAUUAUGGAGACACGGACAAGAACACGACCAACACUAGAGCCAGUGCAAACUAAAUUAUUGCACCAUGGAUCGCCACGUCGUCGGCCGUCUAUUUUCGAGCCAGCA